CGGCGCAGCGCAGCAUCGCAGGCCCCGCCGAUCCCGCACUACGUUUCCCGGCUUGCAGCGCGGCGGGGCCGGGCCGGGCCGGGCCGGGUCGAACGGAGCGGAGCUGGGAGGGCCGGCAGGUAGGUGGGUCCGGGCGGCACGGCGCUGCUGGCUGCCCCGCCGGAACCCCCCCCCCCCCCCUCCCCGGUGUGAGCGGGGGAAGAUGGCGGAGCUGGAGAGCUUAGAGACGGCGGCGGAGCACGAGAGGAUCCUGCGGGAGAUCGAGAGCACCGACACGGCCUGCAUCGGCCCCACGCUCAGGUCUGUUUACGAUGGCGAGGAACACGGUCGUUUCAUGGAAAAAUUGGAAGCACGAAUCAGAAACCACGAUCGGGAGAUUGAGAAAAUGUGCAACUUCCAUUACCAGGGCUUUGUGGACUCCAUCACAGAGCUGCUGAAAGUGAGGGGAGAAGCCCAAAAACUGAAGAACCAAGUGACGGACACCAACCGAAAGCUGCAGAGUGAAGGGAAAGAGCUGAUAAUAGCAAUGGAAGAGCUGAAGCAAUGCCGACUGCAGCAGAGGAACAUUUCGGCGACGGUUGAUAAGCUGACGCUUUGCCUUCCCGUUCUGGAGAUGUACAGCAAACUGCGAGAGCAGAUGAAAUCGAAAAGGCACUACCCUGCGCUGAAGACCCUGGAGCACCUGGAGCACACCUACCUGCCCCAGGUGAGCCACUACCGCUUCUGCAAGGUGAUGGUGGACAACAUCCCCAAGCUGCGUGAGGAGAUAAAGGAAGUGUCCAUGUCUGACCUCAAGGAUUUCUUGGAGAGCAUCCGUAAGCACUCGGACAAGAUUGGGGAGAUGGCGAUGAAGCAGGCACAGCAGCAAAGAAACCUGGACAAUAUUGUAUCGCAGCACCCCAGGAUAAGCGGGGGGAAGAAGUCCAAGAAAGAAGCCUGUGCAGGCUCAGAUUUGGAGGUAAAGAACACUAGCCCCAUGUCUGAGCAGGAUUCGGGUAUCCUGGAUGUUGAAGAUGAGGAGGAGGAUGAAGAGGUGCCCGGGGCCCAGGAGCUGGUGGACUUCUCGCCCGUGUACCGCUGCCUGCACAUCUACUCCGUGCUGGGUGCCCGAGAAACCUUUGAGAGCUACUACAGGAAACAGAGAAGAAAACAAGCCCGGCUGGUGCUGCAGCCUCCCUCCAACAUGCACGAAACGUUAGACGGCUACAGGAAGUAUUUCAAUCAAAUUGUGGGGUUUUUUGUAGUUGAAGAUCACAUCCUGCAUACCACGCAGGGCUUGGUAAAUAGAGCCUACAUUGAUGAGCUGUGGGAGAUGGCGUUAUCAAAAACCAUUGCAGCGCUAAGGACGCACUCAUCGUAUUGCUCGGACCCAAGCCUGGUGUUAGACUUGAAGAACCUCAUCGUCCUCUUUGCAGAUACGCUCCAGGGAUACGGCUUCCCAGUGAACCAGCUCUUCGACAUGCUGUUGGAGAUCCAAGACCAGUACAGUGAAACGCUGCUGAAGAAAUGGUCGGGAGUUUUCAGAAGUAUACUUGAUUCAGAUAACUACAGUCCCAUCCCAGUGACGAAUGAAGAGAUUUAUAAGAAAAUAGUUGGACAGUUCCCAUUCCAGGACGCAGAACUUGAAAAGCAACCGUUUCCAAAGAAGUUCCCCUUUUCUGAGUUUGUGCCUAAAGUUUACAAUCAGAUUAAGGAAUUCAUCUACGCCUGUCUGAAGUUUUCAGAAGACCUUCAUUUGAGCUCCACGGAAGUUGAUGAUAUGAUCAGAAAAUCGACAAACCUGCUGCUGACCCGAACGCUGAGCAACUGCUUACAGAAUGUCAUCAAGAGGAAAAACGUGGGGCUGACGGAGCUGGUACAGAUUAUUAUCAAUACAACCCACUUGGAGAAAUCUUGCAAGUUCCUCGAAGAGUUCAUCACCAAUAUCACCAAUGUACUUCCAGAAACUGUCCACACCACGAAACUUUACGGGACCACAACUUUCAAGGACGCCCGGCACGCUGCCGAGGAAGAGAUUUACACCAACCUGAACCAGAAGAUCGACCAGUUCCUGCAGCUGGCAGACUACGACUGGAUGGCUCUGGAGCCCGGCAGCAGGGCCAGCGACUACCUUGUGGAUCUCAUUGGCUUCCUGCGCAGCACGUUUGCUGUCUUCACGCACCUCCCGGGGGAUGUAGAUGCCCACUCUACCAUGUCGGGGAAGGUGGCACAGACCGCCUGCAUGUCGGCGUGCAAGCACCUGUCCACCUCGCUGAUGCAGCUGCUGCUGGAAGCCGAAGUGCGGCAGCUGACGCUGGGCGCCUUGCAGCAGUUCAACCUGGACGUGGAGGAAUGUGAACAGUUUGCCAGAUCCGGCCCAGUGCCUGGGUUCCAAGGGGACACGCUGCAGUUGGCCUUCAUCGACUUGAGACAACUCCUGGAUCUGUUCAUCCAGUGGGACUGGUCAACAUACCUGGCUGACUACGGGCAACCCACCUGCAAGUACCUCCGGGUGAACCCCACCACAGCCCUCGUCUUGCUGGAGAAGAUGCGGGACACAAGCCGGAAGAACAACGUUUUCGCCCAGUUUCGGAAGAACGAGCGGGACAAGCAGAAGCUGAUAGACACAGUGGCCAAGCAGCUCCGCGGCCUCAUCAACAGCCACCACUCGUGAGGGACCCACAGCCUUCCACACGCCCGGACUUGGGAUCCUUCUUCAAAGAGAACAGAUGUAUUUUUGUAUUCUCCUGUAUAGUAGGGAUGAAACCCACCCUUGUGACACAAAACGUUGUUAAGCAAUCCCGGGGCAGGUAGGUGGCACGCUGGUGGAGCGGAGGUGGUGUCAGCAGUCACCAUUCUACACUCCUAUUUUCAGGGGUUUGUAAAGCGACGGGAAAACCUGAAGCCUGAGAGAGAAGUUCACACCCAAACGAUGGGUUGGUUGGGUUGGUUUCUUUCGUGUGUGUGUGUGUGUGUGUGUGUGUGCGUAUGGGUUGGGUGUUUUUUUUAAUUUUUUUUUAAUUUUUUUUUUUUUUUUUUUGGUAAGCCAAAUUCAAAGAAUUGGUUUGACUUCGUUUCGUUAAGUUAUUCAGCUGCAGAACAAGGGAUCACGAGAAAUACAGGGAGGAGUCGUGGUUUCAGGUUCUUCUCAUGGGCUUUGCUCAAAGUUCAGAGGGAGGGUCGCUCAGUAGCUUGCCUUGCCAGCACGCGUGUUGGGUUUGUGCAGGAGGAGGGGCAGUGAUUCCUCAGCCUCUCUCCCCUUCUGCCAUAAGGGCUGAUGGCCACCCUGGGUCACGGGUGGCUUCAGGGGGCUGUGACCCUUUGGUGUGCGUGGUGGCACCGCUCAGAGCUGAUGCACCCCAAGCUUUGCUUCUGGGACAUGGUGGUGUCUUGUGGCCCGGCACUGGGUACAAAAGGGCUUCAAGAGCUGCCUCGUUGCAUGGAGUAGGAGAGAUCGGGGUGCCCUAUGGGGAUGGUUUGGGCUGGGUGCCAGGAAGGGAAGAGUACAGGCAGUCUGCUUUGCUUUUCCUUUCCUUGCUGGUUUGCCGUGCUGCUUUCCCAUCCUCCCUUCCUACUGCCACGGUGCCACGUCCCUGUGCCUCCCGCACACCCCUCCAACUUGGGGACGUCCCCCAAACGUGGGGUGCAGGAGGUGCCCCUGGAUCAGCAUUGUGCCCCAGCAGCCCAGCUCUGAACGACAGAGCUCUGCUCUGUGCUCCGGAGGUGCCCGUACAUCAUCUGCCGAAAUCAAGGCAGCCUUUGAGGACCACGUCACGCUAUCAACAGGAUGUUAAUCCCAGGCUUCAGGUUACAGAGAGAAGGGACAUUUGCCCUUAUCUUUUCAUUCCCCUUUUGACUCUCAUUACCGCAGGUGAAAGCUUAUCCAGCCGCUUCCCCCACUACCAAACCCUGACGCUGCAUUCAAGGGAAUUCAAAUCCUCAUUGUGCAUGGCAGGGCCCUUUCUAACACUGAGGCCAUUGGCUCUCAGACCACUUAUGGAAGCUGCUGGGUGGCUCUGGAUCCCUGGUGGGGCUAUGCUCCUCUUCAGCUCCAUGCUGCAGGCUCCUGAGCUGCACAGGGGCAGGAUUUGUCCUUGUGCCACCCGGCUGGGGCUGCAGAAUGGGACAUUUGGGCUCUUUGCUUUCUGCCCACGAGCACUUCUGGCGUUGUAUUUUUUGCUCCAUUCACACUCCAGCUCUGGAUGCACGAAGCAGUGGUGCUUCUCUUUCCCUCCUCGUUCCUCGGCCAUACUCCCUUGAUUUCCUUUGGGGAAGGGUAUGUGAACCCUGAAAUAGGCACAUUGCCAAGCAAUGAGCUCGUGGGGCUUUGUCCCAUCACCACAGCCUCUAGCCACCACGACCAGUGCACUAUUUCCAUUAAUACAAGGGAAGAGCUGGAACUUGGCUUUAUGGCUCCUUUCUUUGAGGGGACUGGAGGGUACUUUCUUAAUGCCUCUUGGAAAUAUAUACAAGAAAGAAGGAAGAAAAAGAAGCAGAUGGAUGACAGUUGUGUAGCCGGCAAGGAACCAUAUGAUGUGACCCAACUGAGGGGACCCUCCAGUAGGGCCAAGUGACAGGGGACCAGCGGUGGCAGAAGCAGGUGGGGCCAUCUGCUUUGAGCAUCCUUUGAGCAACAGAGCUCAGAGAUUGAAGCAAAAACCCAACGGUGGGAGGAGCAGGGAGGCGCUCAGUGAAGGGCCAUCCAGUAACAAGCACUUUAAAACACUUCAGAAUCACGCUGCUACGGAUGCUGGCGACGGCGUAACAGAGCAUCAGCGAGCUUGACAAAUAGAGCACUCCGGCGUUUCCAGUUUUUAUUAGUGGGAGGAUAGACUGUCAAACCCAAUUUCUAAUAGCAUUUCUCAGCCACCGACGUCGCUGCCGGAUGAGGAGGUGCCUUCUGCACGCUGAGGAUUUCCCUCCAGCAGGGAGAAGGGAGCAGGACUGGGCAGCAUCACCUCCAUGAGCUGGGGAAAGCAGCCGGCUCCUGGCUUGGAAUUUGGGUUUUGUUUUUUUUCCCCAAGGAGCAGCUCCUGCACUGCAUUAGAUAUCCCAGAGUGGCUGUGGCUCAGGGCGAGCCCUGCUCCAGAGAGUGGGGCCAGCAACUGGGAUGUGUUGCUGGGAAAGCCCAGCCCAGCCCCAUCAGAUUCAGGGAGUUUCUGAUUUCAGGAGGUCAAGCACCUAACCACAAGUCACAUCACGGGCAUGAAAAAUGGAAUUUUGGUGCUCUGGUCCUAAUUAACUUUUUGUUCCGAGAGAUGCAGCUCCAUCCCUUCAAAAUAAAAUUAAUCUUUUAAACAGAUUGCUUAAAAAGCCCUGGAAGACGUUUAAAAUCCCCUCUAAAUCUCUUACUAAUGACUGGUAUCCUCUGAUACGGAUGGUAUUGCUUAUGAGGGAAAGGUUGUUGCUAUAAAUUUGUGAUCUGGGGGGAGGCAGGAGCAGAACCUGCUUCUUUAACCAUCAAUUUGCAACCCCCGGAACAAAUAAUGCUGCUAUUAACACUUCCAUGUACAUACAUUGAUCGUUCCUUAGGUUUUAAAGCAGUGGCUGUAGUAUGGAGUGGGUGAGCCUCCCUCUCCCCCCAGCUUGGCAAACGCAAUUCAGCACCAGUGGAUUAAAAAGAAAAAGAAAAAAAAAAAGAAGAAGAAGAAGAAAACCAAAUUAAAACAAAGCUUGCCUUCCUGAGACGCAUCCACACCUCUUAUUUUCCUUAAAACCUCCAUGGAAUAGUUUCUGGGACACCUCUAAGGCACUGAGCUGCAGAGCAGAUCAUGAGGGGAACAGCGUUGGUGCAUGCGAGGGAGAGGAGCAGAUUUCUGUCUUUUCCUGGAGCUGGAGUCCAGUGCUCUUGGAGGUUUUUGCACUUUGUUCUAAGCUCAGCCAUGACCCUAUCCUCCGUGGGAGCAGUUCCCCAUUGUGUGUUGUGUCUGUGGCAUUCAGUCUGGGGAAGGGUUGGCUGCCUUGUGCUGCUUUGGAAGCAGGAGGGUUGGGGCAGGCACCCCGUGAACCCCAGUAGCACUGGAGCAUGACUCCAUGUGUUCAUCUGGGAGCUGAAGCCUGACAAUAAAUUUCAGCACAAACACAUUCAAGGUGGAUCCAUCUGUGCGCUGAGCUGGACAAGUUGUGCAUGCAAAGGAUGUUAUUUGGGGAAGGAUUCACCCCAAAAAUGCCAAAUGUGGGGGCAGAGGAUGUCUUGCUUCCCUUCACCUCCCCAUGAUGCUGCUGUUUGGCUUUCAAACCCCUCUCUUGCCUCUGUCCCCAGCCUCUGCAAGCAGUGUUGGGUCCUGCAUCGUUUUCCCUGGGAACUGUGGUUCUUUAUGGCAUUACUCAUCCAUUGGCUUUUUCUGGCCUGAACACUCCCUCCUCCAUCUCCGUCCCAAUCUCCAUCCCAGUCCCAACACCAGUCCCCACUGCUGUCCCAGUAACAACCCCAAUCCCCAUUGCCAUCCCAAUCCCCAUCCUCAUCCCAAACCCAGUCCCCUCCACCAUCCCAAUCCCAACACCAACCCCAAACUCCAUCGCCAUCCCAGUAACAAACCGAGUCCCCUCCACCAUCCCAGUCCCAACACCAACCCCAAACUCCAUCGCCAUCCCAACCCCAACCCCCAUCACCAUCCCAAUCCCAACCCCAACAGCAGUCUCUAUCACUAUCCCAAUCCCAAUCCCAACCCCAAUCCCCAUUGCCAUCCCAAUCCCCAUCCUCAUCCCAUCUGCAGGUUCCACUACCAUCUCUGUCCCAACACCAACCCCCAUCACCAUCCCAAUCCCAACACCAACCCCAACCCCCAUUGCCAUCCCAAUCCCCAUCCUCAUCCUAACCAGAGGCUCCACCACCAUCGCAAUCCCAAUACCAACACCAAUCCCCAUCACCAUUCCAGUCCCAUCACCAACUCCAGUCUCCAUCUCCAUCCCAAUCCCAACACCAACCCCAAUCCCCAUCACCAUCCCAACCUCAUCCCCCAUCACCAUCCCAAUCCCAGCCCCAAUCCCCAUCGCCAUCCCAACCCACAUCCUCAUCCUAAUCCCAUCCCAGUCUCCAUCACCAUCCCAAUUCCCAUUGCCAUCCCAUCCCUUGGUGCCCACUGGCUGCUUGUGUUGUUGCCUUUUCUCAAUUUUUGAGGGGGAAGAGCUUGAUUUUGUAAACUAAUGAUGUGGUGAAGACAGCUUUUUUUGCACAAGUCGUUGCACAAUAAGGGGAGAAAUUAGUAAAUUAGGUUUAACUUUAAAGGGAACGUUUUUUUUUCCUUAAAACUCACUAGCAGAGCUACUGAUUACAAACAAAAACUGACUGAUUGAAAAAUGGACUGCAUGGUUUACAGGUUAAACUGCGUUAGAAAUUAGCAUGUUGACUUCGACUGUACAUUUAUCCUAUUGUAACUUCCAUUAAACAAUACAGCAUAUAACUGUUUCAA